ACAUAUAACACGAUACUGCUGCAGCAGUAACUGGUUCUUUAACGUGUUGAAAGAUAGGGUUAUGCACGUAUGACGUCGAACUAUAAAUAUCGUAGAUAACCCCUCUUGUCUCAUAUACUACGACAGCAAUUCUACUCCAGAUAAUAUACUUCUCAGCAAUUCAAGGAUCAAAAUGCCCAUGCACCUCGAAGGAAGCUGCCAAUGCGGUGGCAUAGAAUUCGAACUCCAAUCCCAUACACCGGUGCCAUAUCAACUCUGCGCAUGCGGAAUCUGCCGCAAAGUCGCUGGAUACAACGGCAGCGUCAACAUUGGCGGAUUGGCCAAUACCCUCAAAAUCAAGAAGGGAAAGGAACUUAUCAAAAAAUACAACGCAAUCAAAAACCGCGGCAAACCAGACGAACAAAAGUGUUCAUCCGAGAGAAGUUUCUGCUCGAAUUGUAGUACCAUGUUGUGGUUGUGGGAUCAUCACUGGCCUGAAUUGAUCCAUCCUUUUGCGCCGGCGAUUGAUACAGAGUUACCUGUCCCAGAUGAGAUGGUUUGUAUUAUGGAUUCGUCUAAGCCGGCUUAUGUACGAUGGCCGGAAGGGAAGAAGGUUGUGCGCGAGAAGUACAAUGAUGUGAGUUUGGAGGAGUGGCAUAAGAAGCAUAAUUUAUUCUAUGAUUGAAGUUAUAUCUAGCUAAGUUGCAAAUGAUGCUACCUAUGAAAGAUGUUAGCGUUUGAUUACCACCAACAUAGGAAAUGAUAA